GCCACCCUCUAGGAUCUAGUUCAAACGCUGCCGCCGUCCGAUUCCAACCCAAAGCGGCGGAGCUAAUUCGUCGACGAGCAGGGUAGAGAGAGAUCAGCAUGGCUCCCGAGCCCGAGGACGAGAUCAACGAGAAGAACCCUCGUCCCCUCGACGAAGACGACAUUGCCCUCCUCAAGACCUAUGGUCUGGGACCUUACUCUACAAACAUCAAAAAAGUGGAGAAGGAAAUCAAGGAACUGGCCAAGAAGGUUAACGAUUUAUGUGGAAUCAAGGAAUCUGAUACUGGUCUAGCUGCACCAAGUCAAUGGGAUUUAGUCUCUGACAAGCAAAUGAUGCAAGAGGAGCAACCUCUUCAAGUUGCAAGGUGUACAAAGAUUAUCAGCCCAAACACAGAAGAUGCUAAAUAUAUGAUUAAUGUUAAGCAAAUAGCUAAGUUUGUGGUUGGACUGGGAGAUAAAGUGUCUCCCACUGAUAUCGAAGAAGGGAUGCGUGUAGGGGUUGAUAGGAGCAAAUAUCAAAUUCAAAUUCCUUUGCCGCCUAAGAUUGAUCCGAGUGUUACAAUGAUGACUGUUGAAGAGAAACCUGAUGUUACCUACAAUGAUGUAGGUGGAUGCAAGGAGCAAAUUGAGAGGAUGCGAGAAGUUGUAGAGCUUCCUAUGCUUCAUCCAGAGAAAUUUGUCAAAUUAGGUAUUGAUCCUCCGAAAGGUGUUCUCUGUUACGGCCCCCCAGGAACUGGAAAAACACUACUAGCUAGAGCUGUAGCCAACAGAACAGAUGCUUGCUUUAUUCGUGUAAUUGGAAGUGAACUUGUGCAGAAGUACGUUGGAGAAGGAGCUCGGAUGGUUCGUGAACUCUUUCAGAUGGCACGCUCAAAGAAGGCUUGCAUUGUCUUCUUUGAUGAAGUUGAUGCAAUUGGUGGUGCUCGGUUUGAUGAUGGGGUUGGUGGUGACAAUGAAGUUCAGCGUACCAUGCUUGAAAUUGUCAAUCAGCUUGAUGGUUUUGAUUCUAGAGGAAACAUUAAAGUCCUAAUGGCCACCAACAGGCCUGACACUUUAGACCCUGCACUGUUACGUCCUGGAAGGUUGGACCGUAAGGUUGAGUUUGGCCUGCCAGAUUUGGAGGGUCGAACGCAAAUAUUCAAGAUUCACACCAGGACAAUGAACUGUGAGAGGGAUAUCCGGUUUGAGCUUCUUGCCCGUCUCUGCCCAAAUUCCACUGGGGCUGAUAUCAGAAGUGUGUGCACUGAAGCUGGGAUGUACGCUAUUAGAGCAAGAAGGAAGAAUGUUACGGAGAAAGAUUUCCUUGAUGCAGUGAAUAAAGUCAUCAAAGGCUACCAAAAGUUCAGCGCCACACCCAAGUACAUGGUCUACAACUAAAUAUGUCCCCGCGCCGAGCAUUUACCUUUUAUCCACUGCAAUACACACAUUGCCCCUUACAUGCUAUGGUGGACCUUGUCUAGUAACUUAUACGCAGUUUAAUUUAAGUUUGAGCUUUAAAAAAGAAUGCGCCUUCAAUGGGGAUUGUAGUUGGGCAAAUAUUUUGCAAUCACGCAGAUUCCUAUUUCACAAGAACACAGCAUUCGUCGUGGAACUCUGUUCUUGUUCAAAUUUCAGUUUCAGUAUUUUCUUAGUAAAACAGGAUUCAAUUUGAAUAAGCAUUGCAAGCUCUAGUGAUUUUUGAGCUUUGGGUAUUGUUUCCUAAUGAAAUUUUAGGCUGUGUUCCUCAUCA